AUGCGUAUCUGCGUGUUGCAGCCCUCACAUGGAGGCUCUGGCUCCAACCUCGAAGAGUCAACCGAUGCAGUUUCCAAACCAGGAGCCCACACGAGUCAGCACAAAUUCGAGAACCGGUUCAUUCAUAUGAAGACAGCGAGGGAGGAAAUAGACAAUAUAGUAGCCGAGGGAUUCGAUUUCUACAUCAACCUUCUCUGGGGCACGUUGGACGACCCUGUGGCCGGAAUACAAGCCUCUCAAUACUUUGAGUCGCUGGGCGUCCCCUCGGCGGGCGUUCGAAGCUGGCAGCGCUCUCGAAACAAAAAGGCCUUCCAUGAGAAUGCCAGGCGACGGGGUGCACCGCCGGUUCCUGGUACGACACAGUUUCCCUUGGUCGUCAAGCCCGCGAGUGGGCGCACCAGCCAGAUGAUCGAUGAGAACUCUGUCUGCUACAAUGAGACGGAGCUGAAUGAUGCCCUGCGCCGUAUCAACAGCCAGAUGUACCCUUUUCGGCUGCAGAGAGCCAAAGCCCUCGGAAUCAUGGACCCGCAGGCUUAUAUCGAGUCAUACGACCCCGUUGGACGGUCCAGUGACGAUAUUGUGAUCCAAGAGUACAUUGACGGAGAAGACUAUGUUGUGACCGUGAUCGAAAUGGGUGAUUCUGCGAUUGCUCUGAAUCCCUGUAUCAUGAAAAGCAAAGGUCUGUCUCGGAAGGAGAAGUUUGUCACGUUGGACCUAAAGCUUGACCCCAAAACACGGAUGAAACUAAUUACGAGAGACGACGACCCAGCCUUAUUUGGAAAUCUCCAACAGGCCGCUCUCGAGGCCUUUGAGGCCGGCAUGUUCCGAGGCAGCUACAUGGGAUGUGAUGUGGAUUUCCGAGUUCGCCCUGAUGGCCAGGUCUUUGUCAUUGGGGCGAACCCGCUGCCAGCGGCUUUCCUACCGGGUGAAUUGAAACACCAAGGUCUGCCCACUAUCGAGUCUCUCCCCGGAGGCCACACGGCGGUGGUGGACAUCUUCAUCACCAACUACUUUCUUCGCAAUGGAAUCGGCCGGGAGUGGGGCAAAGUUGCCGCGAAUUACGAUGACAUGGCGCAGACGUACGACGGCGAUGGAGAGACACACAGUCAGGACGCAAAGAACUUCCAGACAAUCGUGCAGCAAUUCGAUUUCGCCGGCACGGUGUUCGAUCUGGCCUGCGGAACGGGAUUCUUCGGCCGCGUUCUGGCAGCGAACAGGCCUGAAAAGGACUACAGCCUCACUGGCUUCGACAUCUCCGUAGAAAUGGUAGCCAUAUGCCGCAAAACAGGUCUCUACAGCGAGGUCUACAUUGACCGCAUGCAAACAUGUCUUCUCAAGGCCCAUGACCAGGCUGAAGCAGACCACAUUGUCUGCUUUGGAGCGGCUCACUUCCUCUCGCCCGAGGAGCUCACUUUUUGUCUCGUUCUGUGCUUCGUUGUAGCCAGGAAAUCCAUCACGAUUGCUAUUGAUGAGAUCCCGGACUCUUAUAAUGAGAACUUGGAUCGGCUGGGACAUUCUUGCAUGCGCUCCCUCAACCAUCUUGCACACAUGGAAUCAUUCGGAGUGCCUCGUGGGUGGCGCUUAAUCAGUCGUCAGCGGCAGUAUUCAUGGACCUCGCCCACCACCGGAGAUGAUGUAUUCAGUAACUUCUUUCGAUUCGAAAGGAUUGACGGGGAAAAUGGCCGUGAUAUCAAGGCUUUGGCAGUCCGCGAGUUGAACUGA